UUAGGAGUUGCAGUGAUGACAUCAUGAUUGGCUUAUAAAAUUUGUUUUGAAAUGUAAUUGACCGUACUAUCAACACUCUCAUGAUUAUGUCAUACAUUGUAUGUAUGUUCCAUGUUUACUUUGAACCUCAUUCCCAAGGCUGGAGUGCUCAUGUUCAUAUUUUAGUUUUCCCCCUUUUCUUUACAGUUUAUGGAGAAGCAUCAACAUCAGAAAGAGAAAAGUUAGACCAAGAAAUUUCUGAAGAUGAUUUUAUGAUUCUUAAGACCGUGGUUUCACGAUGGUUUGACCAAUGGGAUUGCUUGAACAACCUGAAAGUUUUGUUCAAAGACUUAUUACCAACUGCUGACUUACGUAGUGCUUUAAAGACAAUCCACUUGUUCAUUUCUUUAAAUAAGUGUGGUAAAUUAGAUUCAAAAAAUACCAGUCUCUUUUAUUAUGCUAUAAAUGUGACCGAAAGUUUUGGUUUAUUAAAGGAAAUUAAAAAUGAACUACCAUCAUGUCCCUUUCCUAAAAAUGUUAAGGAUAUUGAAAUAUCUGAAAUCACACCUCACCGACUCAAACUGAUGAAGUUGGGUUCAUUACUGAAAAAAGCUGAUGUAGACGAUAUUGAUGGAUUGUAUAAUGAUACAUUAAAGAAUUAUGCAGACAGCUGGAAUUUGAUUAUGGAUCUAGAAGAAAGAGGCGAAAUUAAGGAAGGAAAGAUGAAUGAUUUUGUUAAGAAGUUGAAGAUUCUUAAAAUUGAAGCAGCUGUAGAUAUUUUUAAAGACAAUUCAAAUCUGUCUCCAAACUCUGGACAAGAGAAUGAUGAAGGUUCUUGUACUGAUCCUGAACAUGUGGGUUCAUCAUCAAAUCUACAGCACCAGGAGCAGCUAAGACAAGAUAUGAUUAUCAGAGAUUCCUUGACAGAACGGCAGAAAAAGCUGUAUCAGAAUGUCAAACAGAUGACACCAGCAAUCUGGCAUGAAGAUUAUGCGGUAGAUAUUGCUGAAGUAUUCACUGAACUCAUCUUAAUGCAAUCUCGAAAAGGAGAUGGACAAACACAAUCCAAGUCAACAUCUAUAAAAAAGAAAGGUAGACCCACAACAUUACCAGAGGUAUUAAGUGUUAUUGAAUCAACAGAUUCAUGUAAGGUAUUAAUAACAGGAAAAGGAGGAAUGGGUAAGACUACGCUCCUUAGAUAUAUUACUCAUCAGUGGGCUGUUAAUGGUGCCAAUAAUGCCUUUGCUAAUAAAUUACUGUUUCUGAAAAAUGUCAGAGACAUUGAAGCAGCGGAAACGUUUUUGGACAUUCUAAAAGAUGAGUAUUUUAAAGAAUUAAUUCUUAUGAAUAAUUUGCCAUCUGAUUCAAUUGAAAAGUUUCUAUUCAACCAUGCUGAUGAAAUAGUUAUUUUGUUAGAUGGAUAUGAUGAAUUACAAAAAGGUGCAAAAGAUCCAGUAGGUCUAUUCAAUAGAAUUGAAUUGAGCCAAAGUACGGUGUUGAUGUCAUCUCGACCGGACAACCUACCUGUAGUUAAAUUGAUUAGGUGCUGUGAUAUGCAUAUUCAAGUAAAGGGAUUUAGUCAAAAAAACAUCAAGAAGUACAUUUCUAAUUAUUUUUGCUCAAUUGGUAGUAACAAUAAGGGUAACUCACUAAUUCAAGAAUUUGAUCUUGAUUUGUUGUCUGAUGAUGAAGACUGUGAUGAAGAUGAUGAUGAUGAUGAUGAUGAUGAUGAUGAUGAUGAUGAUAAUGAUGAUAGUGGUUUCUUUGGUGGUAAUCACAAAGAAGCAUUUGAAUUGUGCUCAUCUCCAUUGUUAUUGCUUAAGAUUUGUACCAUAUGGGAAUACAAACAAUGUCUACCCACAAACCUUUCUGAUCUUUUUAAAGAACUGUUUUGUUGCAUUUUAAAUCAAUAUAAAAAUAGAGGUGACAAUAGAAGUUUUAUUGACCAAUUUGACAGAAUUCCAAAUGACUAUCUACUUGCCAUGCAACUAUUAGGAGAAUGUAUGUAUAAAGGUCUAAAGGAAAAUAGACUCUAUAUUGACCAGUAUGAUUUGUCAAGGAUGACAGAUAAUGACAAGUUGGUUCAUUUAGCACUGGAACUUGGAUUUGUGUACAAAGAGAGCCCUGUCCACCCAGAUGAUCUAAGGCAAAUUAAAAACCCCCCGCACAAGUUGAUCUCAGAGGCACUAGCAGGAUUUUACCUGUCUGACAAAAUUCAAAAAGGGCAUUUGGAAGCUGUUGAAUAUGAGGUGGUAAGAUCUAAUAAAUAUUUAAAUAUGACAAGAUUAUUUGCAAUUGGAUUUCUUGGUCAUGAUGCUAGUAAAUUGCUGUCACAUUGGUUGGAUGGAGGUUUUUCAUCAAUAGUACAAAGUCUUGUGCAUGUAAAGACAGACUAUAAAGACCGUGUAAUAUUAGAAUUAGAUAAAAACAUGACCAGGGAAAUGAAAGCAUGCUGUAAGGAAAUGUAUGAAUUAUUUAUAAGUAUUUUUAAUGUUGACAAAGACAUGACAAAUGGGCAAUUAUUUAAACUUAUGACCAUAAUUCAUGAAUCUGAAUUUGAUGAAAUUGAACAAAUUGAAGAAACAGCAAUUUCUUUGAUAAAUACAUCCAGCAAAUGGUCUUUUAGAAAGGCUUGCCAUAAAUUUGUACUUAUCUCAAUUGUAGCACAAAGUAUGCCAACAGAAGUGUUUUUACAAUAUAUUUCAAAUUGGAGUGAUAAGAAAAUCAAUAUUUUGUCAGCGGAGAUGAAAAACCUAGAUUUUACAUAUAAUCACACUUCCAUCCAUCUCAACUUUGAAUUUAAUUCAUCAUUUUUGAUUCAUUUCCUGAUAAAGGCUAAUGAACUAUCUGAUUUAAUUUGUUAUAUGACAUCUAUGGUAUUUAAUUCUGUCAUUAAUGAGUUACACAAAAGUCAUGUGCAGUUGAAAUUACGAAUACUUGAUGUUAGUGGAUCUGAUCUGCAUAAUAUUGAUAUUGCAUCAGUAGGAAAGCUAAUUGAAAUAGCUCCUAAAUUACAAUACCUAGAUGUAAGAAAUUGUAAUCUACCAAUUGAUAUUGUGAGAUUAAUGAUAACAGAAUUUCAAACCAGUGAAACAUUCAAAGACAUUAUCCUUAACUUAGAUGGAAAUGACCUUUCAGCUAUUAAGGGUAAAUCACUUGUACAGUUAGUGAAUCACAGGGAUAAGUCUUACUAUUUCUUUUGGAGGAGUUAUUUUUUUACAGUUGAUCACCUAGAAAGUCUAGUUGAAUCAAUAAUUCAAAAUGAGACAUUGAAUUGGAGAAAAAUAGAUUUUAGUGAGACUGACCUAUCAUCAGUUAGUGGAAGAACAUUAGCAUGCCUUUUAAAGUUCUCCCCAGACCUGACCAAAAUUAACAUGAGUGCUUGCAAUUUAUCAGGCAGUAUUGUUAAUAAAAUGAUUGAAGAAUGUGUUAGGAUGAAUGUAGUAUUGAAAAACAACAUCCUUAACUUGGGGGUAUAUGACCUUUCAGCUUUUAAUGGUAAAUCACUUGCAACGUUCGUGAGGGUAAUUGAUAAAUCUAAUGGUUUCUGUUGGAGGAGUUAUUCCUUUACAGCUGAUAACCUAAAAAGUCUAGUUGAAUCAGUAGGUCAAAGUGAGACGUUGAAUUGGAAAAGGGUAGAUUUUAGUGAAACUAACCUGUCAUCAAUCAGUGGAAGAACAUUAGCUUGCCUCUUUAAAUUCUCCCCAGUCCUGAUCCAUGUUAAUAUGAUGUAUUGCUGUUUAUCAGGCAGUAUUGUUAAUGAAAUGAUGGAGGAGUGUACUAGGAUGAAUGUAGCAUUAAAGGAAAACAUGCUUAGAUUAGAGAGAAAUGAUCUUUCAGCUAUCAAUGGUAAAUCACUUGCAGAGUUAGUGGUAAGGGUUAGGGUAAUUGAUAAACCUGAUGAUUUCUUUUGGAGGAAAUAUUCCUUUACAGUUGAAAACCUAGAAAGUCUAGUUGAAUCAGUAGGUGAAAAUGAAAUGUUAAAUUGGACAGAAUUAAAUUUGAGUAAGAUUAACUUAUCAUCAGUCAGUGGAAGAACAUUAGCUUGUCUGUUUAAUUUCUCCCCACACCUGAUAUUUAUUUCGAUGUUCGAUUGCUUGUUGUCAGGCAGUAUUGUUAAUGAAAUGAUGGAGGAAUGUGCUAAGACAUUAAUGAAAAAAGAAUGCAAGCUUUGGUUAGAGUUCAAUGACCUUUCAGCUAUUAAUGGUAAAUCCCUUGCAUGGUUAAUCUUACUCCAAUUUGAAAAUUAUCUAGACCUCCAUUGUUUUACUUUUGUUUGGGGAAGGUAUUGUUUUACAGCUGGUAACCUAGAAAUGCUGUUUGCAUCAAUAGGUCCGAAUGAUAGAUUGAAUUGGCGCAGAGUAAGUUUGCAUAGGAUUAACCUAUCAUCAAUCUCUGGAAGAACAUUAGCUUGCAUUUUUAAGUUCUCCCCAGACCUAACCCAUAUUGACAUGAGUGAUUGCAGUUUAUCAAGCAGUAUUGUUAAUGACAUGAUGGAGGAGUGUACUAGGAUGAAUGUAGUAUUGAAAGAAAACAUGCUUAGAUUAGAGGAAAAUGAUCUUUCAGCUAUUAAUGGUAAAUCACUUGCAGAGUUAGUGAGGGUAAUUGAUAAAUCUGAUGGUUUCUGUUGGAGGAGUUAUUCCUUUACAGUUGAUAACCUAGAAAGUCUAGUUGAAUCAGUAGGUGAAAAUGAAAUAUUAAAUUGGACAAAAUUAAAUUUGAGUAAGAUUAGCCUAUCUUCAAUCAGUGGGAAAACAUUAGCUUGCCUUUAUAAGAUCUCCCCAGACCUAACCCAUAUUGACAUGAGUGAUUGCUGUUUAUCAGGCAGUAUUGUUAAUGAAAUGAUGGAGGAGUGUACUAGGAUGAAUGUAGCAUUGAAAGAAAACAUGCUUAGAUUAGAGGGAAAUGAUCUUUCAGCUAUCAAUGGUAAAUCACUUGCAGAGUUAGUGAGGGUAAUUGAUAAAUCUGAUGGUUUCUGUUGGAGGAGUUAUUCCUUUACAGUUGAUAACCUAGAAAGUCUAGUUGAAUCAGUAGGUGAAAAUGAAAUGUUAAAUUGGACAAAAUUAGAUUUGAGUAUGAUUAGCCUAUCUUCACUCAGUGGGAAAACAUUAGCUUGCCUUUUUAAGAUCUCCCCAGUCCUGAUCCAUGUUAAUAUGAUGUAUUGCUGUUUAUCAGGCAGUAUUGUUAAUGAAAUGAUGGAGGAGUGUACUAGGAUGAAUGUAGCAUUGAAAGAAAACAUGCUUAGAUUAGAGGAAAUUGAUCUUUCAGCUAUUAAUGGUAAAUCACUUGCAGAGUUAGUGAGGGUAAUUGAUAAAUCUGAUGGUUUCUGUUGGAGGAGUUAUUCCUUUACAGUUGAUCACCUAGAAAGUCUAGUUGAAUCAGUAGGUGAAAAUGAAAUGUUAAAUUGGACAAAAUUAGAUUUGAGUAAGAUUAGCCUAUCUUCACUCAGUGGGAAAACAUUAGCUUGCCUUUUUAAGAUCUCCCCAGACCUGAUCCAUUUUGAUAUGAUGUAUUGCUGUUUAUCAGCCAGUAUUGUUAAUGAAAUGAUGAAGGAGUGUACUAGGAUGAAUGUAGCAUUGAAAGAAAACAUGCUUAGAUUAGAGGAAAAUGAUCUUUCAGCUAUUAAUGGUAAAUCACUUGCAGAGUUAGUGAGGGUAAUUGAUAAAUCUAAUGGUUUCUUUUGGAGGAAAUAUUCCUUUACAGUUGAUAACCUAGAAAGUCUAGUUGAAUCAGUAGGUGAAAAUGAAAUGUUAAAUUGGACAAAAUUAGAUUUGAGUAAGAUUAGCCUAUCUUCACUCAGUGGGAAAACAUUAGCUUGCCUUUAUAAGAUCUCCCCAGACCUGAUCCAUGUUAAUAUGAUGUAUUGCUGUUUAUCAGCCAGUAUUGUUAAUGAAAUGAUGAAGGAGUGUACUAGGAUGAAUGUAGCAUUGAAAGAAAACAUGCUUAGAUUAGAGGAAAAUGAUCUUUCAGCUAUUAAUGGUAAAUCACUUGCAGAGUUAGUGAGGGUAAUUGAUAAAUCUGAUGGUUUCUGUUGGAGGAGUUAUUCCUUUACAGUUGAUAACCUAAAAAGUCUAGUUGAAUCAGUAGGUGAAAAUGAAAUGUUAAAUUGGACAAAAUUAGAUUUUAGUAUGAUUAGCCUAUCUUCACUCAGUGGGAAAACAUUAGCUUGCCUUUUUAAGAUUUCCCCAGUCCUGAUCCAUGUUAAUAUGAUGUAUUGCUGUUUAUCAGGCAGUAUUGUUGAUGAAAUGAUGGAGGAGUGUACUAGGAUGAAUGUAGCAUUAAAAGAAAACAUGCUUAGAUUAGAGGAAAAUGAUCUUUCAGCUAUUAAUGGUAAAUCACUUGCAGAGUUAGUGAGGGUAAUUGAUAAAUCUGAUGGUUUCUGUUGGAGGAGUUAUUCCUUUACAGUUGAAAACCUAGAAAAUCUAGUUGAAUCAGUAGAUGAAAAUAAAAUAUUAAAUUGGACAAAAUUAAAUUUGAGUAAGAUUAGCCUAUCUUCAAUCAGUGGGAAAACAUUAGCUUGCCUUUGUAAGAUCUCCCCAGACCUGAUCCAUUUUAAUAUGAUGUAUUGCUGUUUAUCAGCCAAUAUUGUUGAUGAAAUGAUGGAGGAGUGUACUAGGAUGAAUGUAGCAUUAAAGGAAAACAUGCUUAGCUUAGAGAGAAAUGACCUAUCAGCUAUUAAUGGUAAAUCACUUGCAGCAUUAGUGCGGAUAGGUAAUUAUAAAGAUUAUUUUGUGUGGAGACAUUAUUCCUUUACAGCUGAUCACCUAGAAAGCCUAGUUCAAUCAGUAAGUGAAAGUGAGACAUUAAAUUGGAAAAGGGUAGAAUUGAGCAAGACUAACCUAUCUUCAAUCAGUGGAAGAACAUUAGCUUGCCUUUAUAAGAUCUCCCCAGACCUAAUCCAUAUUGAGAUGAUUAAUUGCAAUUUAUCAAGCAGUAUUAUUAAUGAAAUGAUGAAGGAAUGUGCUAGGAUGAAUGUAGUAUUGAGAGCUAAUGUUUUUAAUUUUCGCCAAUCAUACAUAUACUGGCAACCUCCUCCUCCUCCUCCUCCUCCCCCUCCAGGGAGGGGGAUAAAGAGAUGUCCGAAAGUGGGUGCCGAAAGAGAGGCCAAAAGUGAGGCGGAUUGAGAUAAUAACAUCCUAGGUGGUCCGGAGUCAUGCCCCCGCAAAAUGUUUGUUACUGAGUGCCCCAAAAUAACCUCUAAGGCAUUUUGGGCGAUUAUUUUUUUCUUUUUGUUUCUUCUUUUUCUUUUUUUUCCUUUUUUUUAACUUCCAAAAGGUGGGGCCGAGGCCAGUCCCCCCUAAAUCUGCCGCUGCCCACUACCCAUAAGUGCAUGUUUUGUAUUUGUUGCUAAAAUGAUUAGAUUAAUGGAUGGUCCCUUAGUUUACCUCCAUAGUAUUGAUCAUACUUGUAUAUUUACCUCCAUAGUAUUGAUCAUACUAGUAAGACAACGGAUAUGGUAACAUCAUUUGUCUGUUUUAAUAAUUUUAUUUGAACAAACUAAGGGGUGAGGAAUGUGAUGGAAUAACAUAACACAUAGUGAACAAUCAAUUACAAUACACACAAAAACAGUAAAAAAUCUAAAUAUAUAACUUAAUUUUUUACAUUUAAACACAAGAAAAAAAAUUUAAAAAGCUUUUUUGAAUAAUGCUAAUUUUAGUAAGGAAUUUAUUAUACAUGCAAUUUAAAAUAACAAUUAAAUUUGAUAUGUGGUCUGACAAGUGAACAAUAUAGAUUAAUUAUUGGUGAUCCGCUCCGCUAGCGGAUCACCUCUUGUUAUUGUCAGAGAUCUUUUUUUUUUUUCUAGCUUCUUCCCAUUUCUUGUUAGCACGAUAUCUAAAAACUGGCACGAGAUUCAUGCAUGCACGCUUCAACAAAUAUUUAGCUUGGCCUGGAAUAGUCACAAUAAGGUUUUCAAAGUGCGCAGUUAUGCGUGACAUCAUCUAUGCGCAAUUUUGCGUUUUUACAUUAUCGAUCAUAGCCUAACCA